GUAUGUGUUGUCUCAUGAGAGAACCUUCGGUAACAAGCUGCCCAAUGGCUCCUGGACCGGCAUGCUGGGCAUGGUGGUGCGGGAGGAAGCAGACUUCUCCCCGGCACCAUUUGCACUAAACCCUGCACGGAACGAGGCGGUGGAUCCGUCAUCAGUGUAUGGCAUUGUACAGGUGAGGAUACUGAGCGGCCUCACGGGACUGAAGAUUGACCCGUGGGGGUUCCUAUUGCCCCUCACGCACCUGGUGUGGGCAGUCACCGUGGCUGCGCUGCUGGGGGUGCUCUUCGUCCUCCAGUUGUUUCCGUCAUGUCAGCCUGGCAGGUCGCUCCUCUGCAGUGACUGGUCCGUCAACGCCUUCAGCCCUGUGCGCGUCCUCCUGCAGCAAGACGUGGUGUGGCCCGCGCAAUGGUGGUGGUGGGAGCGUCUGGUGCUGGGGCUGUGGAUGCUGGCCACGCUGGUGCUGACCAAGAGCUACGCCGGCAACCUCAUAUCCCUGCUGGCCGUGAGAUACGUGCCGCAGCCCUUCCAGACUCUGCAAGACAUUGUUGACAACGUCCGCGUGGCCGUAAUAGCUCAGAAACAUUCGACCUUCGAGCAAUCACUCAGGGAAGUCAAAUAUGGAGUGUUCCACGAGAUAGCUGAGCUGGAGGACAAGGGUCGUCUUAACUUCCUCACACACUCCGAGCUGGCGGAGAGCUUGGACACCCUGGUGAGGGCCGGCCACCACGUCCUCGUGGACCUCGACGUCAACCACAGGAAACGCAUGUCUCUUGACUUCUCGCGGAAAGGUCGGUGCGACUUUUACAGAUCACGAGAAAGCUAUUUGCCGCUUCCUUGUUCCAUGGUAGUGCAGAAGACGAGCCCUCUCCUGCACGGCAUCAACAAGGGUCUCAUGACGUUGUUCGAGAAAGGCAUAAUUCGACAUUGGACAGACAGUGAGGGGAAUCAUACAGUGUGCAACAACGUUCCCAAGAAAGUGAUGAUUACUUCUUACAUCUCCCUGUCAAACAUUUGGGGAGUGUUCGCAAUGCUGGGCGGGGGACUGACUGCCGGGUUAGUGGUCUGGUGUGCCGAGCUGGUGGUCAGACCCUCACAGCAACACUGACAUCGUGCCCCACCUCUCCAGUUGUCAUAUAAGGAUAUUGUUACAUGAGAUCAUAAGAACAUGAAGGAAUAAGAAAGCAGCAAGACACCGCCACACCUGCACGUGGAGAUCCCUUUUCUGGUUGAAGUAAUUCACGCAGCCACUAACACCAAACCCCGGUGAUCAUCAGUAAAUAUUAUGUAUCAGCCCGACAAUAAAUAACUGACUUUCUAGG